UUCACCAAGAAUAUUAUCUUCAAUUCCUAACUACAUAAUAUCUAUUAGAAGUAACGAACAAAACUCAGUGUAGCUACAUAAUACCUUGUAAGAAUGUGGAAGUUUAUUUUAAAACACAACAGUUUUCGGAAACUACCAUUAAAAACAUUACAAAUACGCAAAUACAACAGCAGUUUUGUGCCUCAAUUCGAACACUUUCUCAACACACAGGCAAAUAUGAACUGCUCCCAAUUGACAACAGGUCUAAUAGUCGCCAAUGAGGAAAGGGAAAGCUUCAAUUCUUGUGUCGGAAUAUUUAUUAAUGCUGGCUCUAGAUACGAGAUGGCACAGGAAAAUGGAGUCGCACACUUCUUCCAACAUAUUUGCUUUAAGGGAACUAACAAGAGACAGAAGAAUGAACUCGAAAAUGAAAUAAGCGAAAUUGGAGCAAAGUUGAAAUGUUUCACAACACGCGAGCUAGUCGGCUUCUAUGCAGAAUGUUUGAAUGAACAUGUUCCCCAAGUCGUAGACAUUUUGAGUGACUGCAUAUUCAACAAUGCUUAUUCUAGUUCCGACAUCGAAAUCCAGAAAUGUGUCGUUUACCAAGAAAUGUUAAAAUACGAUACUGAUACAUAUAAGGUCAUAAUGGAUUACCUCCACACGGGUGCGUUUCAAGGCACGUCCUUGUCUCAAACUGUAAUGGGGCCCAGUCACAAUCUGUAUAAUUUCAGCGACCAAACUAUUAAGUCGUACAUAAACAAGAUGUUUGUACCGUCUAAAAUCAUUUUAGCCUGUGCGGGAGGAGUGAAACAUGACCAACUAUUAGGUUUAGCGAAUACUUACAUAAACAAAUUUGAUGCCGCUAGAUGUUCGAGCUACAAUCCAUACCGAUUCACCGAAGCCGAUAUUCGUUACAGGGAUGAUUCCCUAGAAGUUGGUCACAUUGCUUUAGCAUUCGAAGCCCCGCCGUUUCAGCAUGAGGAUCGUCUCCCGAUGGAACUGGCCGCAGCUGUUAUAGGAGCAUGGGAUAGAUCACAAGCUGGAGGUGAUAAUCAUGCUGUAUACUUGGCUCAAGCCGCUGCGUCUGGGUUAGCAAAUUCGUUCGAAUCGUUCUACACCACAUACAAAGAUACAGGUCUUUGGGGAAUACACUUCGUAUCACCUCGGAUGCACAUUGACGAUAUUAUAAAUUGCAUUACCCAUGAAUGGAUGAAAUUAUGCAAUUGUGUGACAGACGCAGAGUUGCUCAAGACAAAGCUAGCGAUGAAGUACAAAAUUAUUCUUCAAAAUCAAAAAGCGGAGGACUCUUGCAAAGAUAUAGCUAAGUGGGUGUAUUUUACGGGAGGAGUACCUACAAUGCAGGAAAAAUUUCGGGCAAUUGACAAUAUUAAGGCUGAUGAAGUGAGGAGAGUGUGUCACACGUAUAUUUAUAAUAGAUGUCCUGUGAUUGGGGCCUAUGGAGCCAUUGAACAGCUACAUCUUAACAGUAGACUAAUGGGCUGGACGUACUGGCUAAAAGUUUGAGGAUAUGGAA